CCCUGAAAUUGACAUGUCCGGUCGGGAGUUGGUCGGCGGGGCGGCAGUGUAAUUGCCGAGCUGCCACUAAGUCCGUCGACGGCGACGCCGGCGGCGAGCGUUUCCGAAGACACGGUGUACGUAGCGGUGGGGAGGGAUGUGAAAGAGAGUGAAUAUACUAUAGCUUGGGCUCUGCACAACUCUGGAGGUAGAAGACUUUGCGUUCUUCAUGUACACACUCCAAUGGGUAAUAAAUCUGGGAUUGACCUGGAAGGAUAUCAAGUUAGAUCAUAUCAAGAAAAAGAGAGGCAAGACAUUAUCAAGAUUUUAGACAAAUAUCUUCUCAUUUGUAGCCGAGCAGGGGCUCAGGCAGACAUGCUUCUCGUUGAAAUGGACUCUGUAAUGAACGGUAUAGUGCAUCUCAUUUCUAAGCAUGGUAUCAGGAAGCUUGUUAUGGGAGCAGCUGCCAACAAGUGUUACUCAAAGUAAAAACAGUAAAGAAUUGCUUCCCAUAAUCUUCCCGAAUUCCGAUGCAAUGUAAAAAUCGAAUAAUACUCAGAAAGAGCAUCCCAUUUUGCCAAUUCUCUUAGUUAUAAAUACCUUGUUCCUUAAAUCGACCUUACAAGCUCCGUCCCAACAAAUAAAAGGAGAAUGACAGAGAUCAAGUCUAACACAGCUAUAUAUGUGUGUGAACAAGCGCCACCGUUCUGUCAGAUCUGGUUUCUUUGCAAAGGGAAUCUUAUUUAUACAAGAGAAAGUAGACCAGUGAGAGUUAAUGCAGAGGUUGUAUCUCCACCACUUGGGACAAGUUCUGAUGUAGAUAGUGUACACCAGAGCUUUCUAACUUCUCCAAGGAAAAAUUUUACAGAAGGGCCCAAUAAUCAAGUAGAUGUUACAAGAUCUUUUUCAGAAUUUCAGGGAGUAGAAUCAUAUAGCAUCAUCAAAAAACAUUCUGAAUAUCCUAGCACAACUAGCACAGGUCGGAUGUUUUUACCUAGCAGUUCAAAUGUACUAGGAAGGUCUGAUUUUUGGGAUGGGGUGGCAUCACUUUUUCCAUCAUCUUCACCUGGAGAUAUAUGCGAGGUUUCAUCUCCAGCAUCUAUAACCAGGUGCAAAGGAGGGGGGGACACUUCACCGACCACUGCAGUUGAAUGUGUGGAUGAUGAGCUUAACGAUAGAAUUGAACAAUACAUUAUUGAAGCAGAAAAAACCAGACAAGAAGCUUUUGAACAAACAAAGAAGCGUAUGAAAGCUGAGAAGGAAGCACUUGAAGCUAGGCGCAGGGCUAAUGCAUCUGGAACAAUGUAUGCCGAGGAGUUCAGGCGAAGGAGUGCAAGUGAGGAUGCGCUAGCAAGGAGAAAGGAUGAAGUUGAACAGAUGACAACGGAGAUAGCUAGAGUCAGGGAAGAUCUUCAGGCUGCACAAGAACAGAAAUCUUCAAUGGAGAGUCAGAUUGCGAACUCCGAGAAGACGGUACAUGAGUUGGAGCAGAAGAUGUUCUCUGCAGUUGAACUUCUGCAGAAGUUCAGGAAAGAGAGAGAUGUUUUGGAGGUGGAGCGUGACAAUGCACUUAGAGAGGUUGAGUAUGUGAAAGAAAAACUAGACAAAGAAGCUUCAAAUUCAUCUACAGCUCAAUUCUUUGCCGAAUUCUCACUUUCAGAAAUCAGAGAAGCAACUUCCCAUUUUGACCCUAACUUAAAGAUUGGUAAAGAUGGUUAUGGAACCAUUUAUAGAGGUCUUGUUCGCCAGACACCAGUGGCAAUAAAGAUUUUGAAUCAUAAUAGCUCACAAGGUCUAUCGGAGUUUCAACAAGAGGUCAAUAUGUUGAGUAAGUUGAGGCAUCCAAACCUAAUCACUCUUAUUGGAGCCUGUCCAGAGUCAUUGACACUUGUCUAUGAAUAUCUUCCUAAUGGAAGCCUAGAGGACCGUAUCAACUGCAAAGAAAACACCUCACCACUCUCAUGGCAAACUCGGAUCCGUAUUGCAAUGGAGCUAUGCUCUGCUCUUAUAUUCUUACAUUCCUGCACUGAUCAAGGCAUUGUUCACGGUCACCUAACACCUGCAAAUGUUUUGCUUGAUUUCAACUUUGUGAGUAAGCUAAGUAACUUUGGAACUUGCCGUGUUCUCUCUCAAGAUGAACUUAUUUGGAGAGCUGACAAAAAAGGCACUUUUGUAUAUAUGGAUCCAGAGUUCCUUGCAACAGGAGAGCUUACUCCAGAAUCUGAUGUCUAUUCAUUUGGAAUCAUAUUGUUGAGAUUGCUGACUGGAAAGCCUGCAUUAGGAAUCACAAAGGAAGUUCAAUGUGCCUUGGAUGAAGGGAACUUAGAAGAUAUUCUGGAUCCAACGGCAGGUGACUGGCCGUUUGUACAAGCUAAACAGUUGGCUCACUUAGCUAUGAGUUGCUGUGAGAUGAACCGUGGGCAGAGACCUGAUCUGGAUUCAGAGGCGUGGAAGGUGCUAGAACCGAUGAGAAGGGCUUCAUGCAGGGUCUCAUCUUUUCAACUACUAAGUUCGGAUGAGCGUUGCCAUGUUCCACACUAUUUUCUAUGUCCCAUUUUUCAGGAAAUCAUGGAAGACCCUGUGGUUGCAGCCGAUGGUUUCACCUACGAGGCCGAAGCUCUUCGAGCAUGGUUGGACAGCGGUCAGGACACGUCGCCAAUGACCAAUCACAAGCUCUCACACACUAACUUUGUGCCAAAUCGCGCCCUUCGUUCCGCUAUACAGGAAUGGCUCCACCAGCAUUGACUCUUCAUCUUGUGUAUGCAACUCUUAAAACUACGUCUUUCUUUGUUGCAUAGAUGAAGUAUAUAUAUACGGAGUAUGUCGUUAUCUGAUUAGCUGGUAUAUACCAUUUGAUCACGAUAUACAGGUAACUUUAUGGACCUUAGUACAUAGAAUGGUUAUCUGUAUUAGUUCUUGUUGAGAGAUAAAGACCCAAUUAUUAGUCCAUGGAAAAAUACUCCUUCGGUUCAAAUAUUUCUUUUCCGGUUUGACUUGACACGGAGAUUAAGAAAACUUAAAAAUUGUA